UAAGCAGCUGACAUCUGUCGGCCAGAGGUGACACCCCUUCUCUCAUGAGAAUAGAACUUUGGGAAGCACCGGGCUCACUCACGAAAGGACCCGCAGCCUCAACCCGGCCCACACCAGCCAGGCCACAGUGCCGGGAGCCCGGGCCCACCGUUCAGCAUGGCCGAGGCCCCUAUUGACCCAGGCAAAAAAGGCGACCUGGAACAGAAAAUCCUGCAGGUGCUGCAAGAGGCUGGCUCCCCCGUGAAGAUUGCCCAGCUGGUGAAGAAAUGCCAAGUGUCCAAGAAGGAGCUCAACCACGUCCUCUACCGAAUGAAGGCGGUCACCUGCACAGGCCCUGCGACCUGGUGUUUGGGAGGGGAUGGGACUAGAGACGUGGUUCCCACGGAGCCGGCGGAGCCGGGACCCAGCUGCGGUUACCGGCCUUCGGAGGAGGCAGCCCAGAAGUCCCUGCAAAAUGCAGCCACCAUUCCCCAGAGCACUGGGUCCCCACUCGGUGAACAGCGGCAGAAAGCGAUUUACACGCUGCUGGCUGCCAACGGGCCCCGGGACGCCCUGAGCAUCGCCCGCGCCCUGGGAAUGAAGACAGCAAAAGAUGUCAACCCAGACUUGUACGCGAUGAGGAGCAAGCACCUCUUAACCCUUGACCAGAACUCAAAGUCAUGGGCAGUUUAUCGACCAGAAGAUUCCGGAAGGAAAAAUCAGUUCACUAAAAAUAUUUACCAGCAAAGUACAGUCAACAUGUUCAUCCAGACUGGACCCAGUGGCACCAUUUCCAUUACUAAUUCUAAAGGCAUCCAGAUUGGAUCCGCUAACAUGAUGCAGAAACACACGGCCUCUGGGAAGAGUGGUAAGCCCUCUACACCCAGGGAAGGGGACCUGGAGGGGCACCUGCUCCCCCUGAGGGGUAAUGGGCGGUGGUGUAGGUUUAACUCUCUGAAGAGAAAGGGUGGCUUUCGGGUUUCCAAGGACCACUUUUAUGGCCUGGUCCUGGACUUGUCACCCAAUGAGCAAGUCCUUCUUUGUGCCUAGAUCAAACCUCUCCUGCUUUCCUUCCACUCUGAUACAUUUGCUUCAUUUUAUAUUUUUCCCAUGACAAAUGGAACUCAAUCCACUCUCCCCCAGCAAAAUGUCACAGAGGAUUCUUAUAU